AUGGAGGAACACAAAGAUGCUCAACACUGUUUUCAUAACUCUUCUUGCAGAAAGGCUUCCCUAUCGACAUCUAUUUACAUAACACUGUACAUCUUCUUCUCAUUGAUUUCAGCGGUUACAGUAUUUUUGAACGUACUGGUGAUCAUCUCCAUCUCUCACUUCAAGCAGCUCCACACUCAAACCAACCUGCUCAUCCUCUCUCUGGCUGUGGCAGAUCUCCUGGUGGGACUGAUUGCGAUACCAGUAGUGACUGUAGCAAUAAUGGAAUCAUGCUGGGUUUUGGGGAAAUAUUUCUGUGAGUUUUUUCUCUUCAUCGGUUACUUCAUUAUUUCUUUAUCUCUGGGCAAUUUGGUCUUGAUAUCUAUUGACCGUUAUGUUGCUGUGUGUGAUCCCUUGUUAUACCACUCUAAAAUAACAAUACCAAGAAUGAUGCGUUGGAUAUCCAUUACCUGGUGUUGUUGUAUCAUAUACAACACUGUUAUUGCAAAUAACUCUGUAAAUGUAGAGGUACCCAAAAGAUCACAGGCCAGAAAGGUAUUUUCAAAAGAGGCUGCCACCAAGUCUGGUGUUAAAAUUGUAAAGGCAAAUAAGUCUGAGAGAAAAGCCGCAAAAACUCUAUCUAUUGUAGUUUUCACAUAUCUCACUUGUUGGAUUUCAAGUUUUUUACUAACUUUCUUUUGGGUACAAUCAUCAACUUACUUACGCUUUCUGCCAUUUGUUAAUUCCUUAAUAAAUCCAAUAAUUUAUGCUUUCUGUUAUCCAUGGUUCAAAAUGACAGCUAAACAUAUUUUAACUCUAAA